UAUCGCUAUACUUGGAUCACGUUAAUAAAUACUGACCGUGUGACAGUGCAUUAAAAAUGCAUAUUUGACAGGUUGUUCAAGAAGUGAAGUUUACUUUUGUGUCGUUGUGUUCGUACGCCGCGAUGUUUGUCAGAUAAUAAUUUGCACAACCAAAGUAAUAAAUGUGCAAUGUUUAAUUAACUGCAGGCGUAAUUUUUUGCGACGUGUUUGUGUAAAAUCUUAAAAAAUCCAGGCGAGCUAACUGCUACCAUUCCGUUAAGAGAUUUCUCGUAUAAAAAGUUGUUUGUUGGCAUCAAUGAACAUGAAGUGUCUGCGGGCAUUAUCGAUAAAAUACAACAGUAUCCAAUUAAUCGUAGAAAAUUUUGUAAACAUACUAAAAUAAAAUUUUAAUUAAAUGCAUGCUUAUAAAGCUCGGUUUUAAUUAAAUUACUAAUGUUUGUGGUUCAUUUGUUAGUUAAUGUGAGUGCGUCAGUUGUGUGAAAAGUGUUUUACGAAGGACUUAAAUAAUCUAUAAGUGAUACUUAUUGUUUGCAUUGCAUUGUCAAGAAUCCCUUAAUUAUAGAAUAAAUAUGGCUGAGGCGGCAGCGAAUGAUCAAAUUCAUGGUUAUCAUGAUAAUGACUCGAGUGAUACAUGCCAUUUACGUAUUAUAAUUAUUAAUGGAAAAUCUUUAGCGAAAAAGGACAUUUUUGGAGCAAGUGAUCCAUAUGUAAGGAUUGAUUUAAAUACAAUUAAUGGUGAUAUAAAUAUAGAUUCAGUUUUGACGAAGACCAAAAAGAAGACUCUCAACCCGACUUGGAAUGAAGAAUUCGUAUUCAGGGUGAGUAAAAAAAUUUCGCUAAAUUCUGCUUUGUUUUCAAAUAAAGAAAUUCUGAGCAUUGAUUAA